AUGUCCCAAGAUCUCCAACAGGAUUCCAGUCAGCAGAGCGGAACAAAUGAGAAUUCCUCCAGGAAUUCGUAUCUCUGCGAUGCGUGUGGAAAAUUUUUUGGCUACGAGUCCCAAUUCGAGACGCACAAACGCAUCCACACGGGGGAGAAGCCCUACCAGUGCUCCAUGUGUCCGAAGGCCUUCAUCCAAAAAGCUACCCUCACCUACCACUUGCGUACCCACACGGGGGAGAGGCCCUUCCAGUGCUCGAUGUGCCCGAAAACGUUUGGCCAAAAUUCCGGUCUCACUUACCACAUGCGCACCCACACGGGCUACAAGCCCUUCCAGUGCACGGUGUGCUCGAAAAUAUUCAAACUCAAGGGUACUCUCAUGAACCACAUGCGCGUCCACACUGGGGAGAAGCCCUUCCAGUGUCCAGUGUGUCUGGAGUCAUUCCGCCAGAAGUACCAUGUCACGCUGCACAUGCGAACCCACACGGGGGAGAAGCCCUACCAGUGCUCGGAGUGUUUGCAAUGGUUCGGCCAAAAACACCAUCUCACCCUGCACAUGAGGACCCAUACGGGGGAAAAGCCAUUCCAGUGCCCAUUUUGCCCGGAAAACUUUCGCCAGAAGUACCAUCUUACGACCCACUUGCGCAUCCACACGGGAGAAACGCCCUUCCGGUGUACGGUGUGCUCGCGAAAUUUUCGAUACAGAUACAGUCUUGAAGGUCACAUCCGAACUCAUAUGGUCAAAAAGUCCUUCUAAUCCUCGGCACGUCCAUCAACAGUUAGCCAAAAUGUUAUAUUACGUACCCUAGGCCAGAAAGUCAUCGCUCGUCUAAAUGAUUGCUGGCUGAUCCAACUACGAGCCACUUUCUGGCCUAGGUGCAUCUACGUUUUUUUAUUUUUUAUUUUUGACAUACACGAGCUUAAAAGUUUACAAUUGUGAGGUUAAGUUGAACAAGUAGAGAAAACACGUACUUUCAGCGGAGGUACACCACAAAAAAAGAUAAUCUUACGCUAUAAUUUCGAUAAAAGAAUCUCACGAUCUACACGCAGUUCUGUACUGAGGUAUAUUGUGAUUAACCAAAGGCAUUCCAUAAUCUUGUAAGACAUACAGGCCACAGCAAGCUUUGAUCUCGUUAAAAAUUGUCACGUGUACGCUCACGUGCUUUAUUAUUUUGAUUUGAGCACA